ACUUUUCACGAUGAUGUCACUCUCUGUAUAAGUAUAUGUCCGUGUCAAAGCUGCGGUAUCGCAGCGACCCUUCCACAACUUGAUCAGCUACUCCCAUGCCAGUCCCAGGAUUUAUCUCGUCUUUCGCAGACAAAGCUCAGUCAGCUAUUGCUGAACAUAUCCCAGGCAGUCACAAACCAAAUUCUUCUGAUCCCAGCGCUCAGUCAACGAAUACUGCUGCGCAAGGCUCCUAUGGUGGCGUUGGCCAUAAGAAUCCCACUCUGGAGGUCAUCCAGCACCAACUUCGUACUCUUGGUCAACAAUAUGGUUCUGGAACAACCCCAGUUCAGAAGAUAAUCACUACUGCAAAGGGCGUUGCGAUCGAUUUAGACAGUCUUGCUCGUGAUCAAAAGGCACAAAGUAAGGAACUCUACACUUGGGGUCAAGGUGAAGAAGCAGAUUUGAAAGAUGUUAGUGAUAGACUUGCCUACCUCAACUUCGUCUCAGGAUCUUUGGCUAGCUCUUUGGCAGUAAAGCUGGAUGCUGCUCGCUCACCAUUAAAGCUCCUUCGUGAUGCAGAGAACGCUCUUGCGCCUCGGCGCAACAUCCGAGCCUCCCUACAUCAGCAGCUCGCUCGUCUUGAGCACGACAAUCAGAAAGGUAUGGAGAAGAAGAUUGCCGAACUCAAAGACCAGAUCAGAAAAGCAGAAUCAGACGACUUGCCUCAAGAGAAAGAAAUUGAACUUCUGAAGCGAAAGGGUGUACGUGAAAGUGAACAGCUUAAAUGGGAAGCUAUCCGAGAAUACGGCGAAAAACUCGUCCUUUUAUCUCAAGCGGCGUAUCCUGUCAUCACUGCGCUACCAACGCUUCCUCCAUCUCCGGAAUCCCCUUACACGGGUGCUCAGGCCACCGGUGCCGCGCGCGCUUCCCUUCAGAGAGCGCUUGAUAACUACAAAACUGGGCAUAUUAACCUUCCACCUCAGUCGGCAGGUUCUGAUCUCAGUAGAUCUGACACUCGAAGUUUUGGUGAAAGUCAUGCUAGCGAAUUGUCAACGAUUAGCUCUGAGACUACGCAAUCCAAUAUCCCUGUGACCCCUCCUCUGUCUGCAGUCAAAACUCUUCCCGCCGCUGCGGCUGUUUCUUUCAGCAAACCGUCUACUGACUCGACUGGCCCUGUAUCUUCACCAAAUAAACAAUCUCCUCCUCCCAUCAAUCCAUCCGCUCUCAAUCUUUCCCCUGCGCCUCUUCCUCCUUCAUCGAACAAUUCUAGCGCUAUUUCGUCGAGUACAUCGUCGAUGCCUAUCACGUCCCCCGACUCUGUGAAGCCAAUUUCCCUUCCUACAAUUAGUGACACCCCAACCAUUGCAGAGACGGGUGUCCCGGUUCUCGCUAGCGAGUCUGGACCUGGCCCUGCCAGCGGUUCUCUCCGCGACGUCAAAGCUGCCUCUCCCACGGCUGGUCCUCGGAGCGGAGGUCUCCCAUCCGGUGACGCUCCACUGACCAGCUUCGGUGCCAUGGGUACAUCUGCCACUGGGAAUGAUAAUAAAUGGGAAAGCGCCGAGGAAGAAAAGAAACGACUAGCCGCAGAGUAUUCACAAGCACAUUCAGGGGGGUCCGCUCCCGCACCGCAUUACGAGAGUGCAGAAGAGGAGAAAAGGCGGGUUGAGCGUGAGGAGAGGGAAAAGUUGUUGAGAUCUGGAGGACAUGGUCCUACUGAAUCUGGCGAAGGUAGAUCGUCGAAGAAGGAGGACGAUGACGAACUUCCUCCUUAUCAGGACAUGUGAAAGGCUUUCUAGAUCCAUCGAAUGAAGGGAUCAUCUUGAGCUUGGUCACUCUACCAUCUUCCUUAUAUCUUAGUUGCCAAGGACUGUCGAACGAAAUCUACAAAAACCCAUUUGUGCGUUGAAUAAGAACUGUGACUAUAUACACUGUACUGUAUUAAUUAGAAAAUAGGGUAGUUAAUGCGUAAGUAUGUGCAAUGAAACAAUUAC